GUGUUUACACACCUGCACAGGCAGGGGGCUGGUUUGGGCGCAUUGGUGCACGCUCCUUUGGGGUCAUUUCCACCCCAAACUUUCCCUUUCCUCUCCAGCUCAGGGGCCAGAGCUGAUUCGCACCGCGCUCCAGCAGCUGGAUGAUGGGUGUCGGUCUGUGCCCUGAGGCCCCGCUCUGCAGCCCAGGACCCUCCCGAACCCUGGAGCUCCUCCCUCCCCUCAGCAGAAAAGGUCCGGAACGCUGGGGUCGCCCUGACUGUUGUUUAAAAAAAAAAAAAAAAAGCCAGAAGCAUCAUCCAGGAUCCUGAGCUUUGCUUCUGCCUCCCCACCCCCACAGCCUCCUCCCCUCAGCCCUCCGCUGGCCUCCUUCCGAAUUUCCUGCCAUCCUUGUGCCUCAGGCCCCACAUGGGCCGCUCUCGGCAUCUCGCCCCUUCCCAUGACGACCCGGAUGUGGAGGGCUAAGGAGGGAACUCGGGGGCCUCCCGCUCGGUGAAUCGGGUACCGGCCCAAGCCCUGGCCUCGGAGGGAGCCUGGAAGGUCAGCUGGCAGAGAACCCAAGCCUGGAACCAGAGAGAUGGCCCCUGAUGGCCAGAGACCCUCCUCCCAGGAGUUGGUGACAUUCAGGGAUAUUAUGGUGGACUUCACUGAGGAAGAAUGGGGGCUCCUGGACCCUUCUCAGAAGGAGCUCUACAAGAAAGUCACGAUGGAGAAUGUCCAGAAUCUGCUGUCCCUGGAUGAAGAGACCAGAGUCCAAGUAAAUGAGUUGACUGGAAAGCUGGGGACUUUUGUGGAAGAAUGUGACCUGCAGAGAGUCAUGAAUGAUGAUCCCUCUGACUUCAAGUUGAGAGAAAUCCAUGGUUCUAAUAUCAAGGUAGAUAAGACUCCAAAGAGUGCCUGUGAAUUUGAUGAAACUGGAAAGAAAUUCAUUCAGUCUUUAAUCCUAAAUCAAUGUAAGAAAAUGACCUCAGGGAAUGAUUGUUUUCAAGAUCAGAAAUACAGCAAAGGCUUUACUGAACAGGUAGAGCUUUUUCGGUCCCAUGAGCAGCCUCCUGAAAUGCAGAGGUGUCCAGAUAAUCAAUGGGAUAUGACCUUUAGCAGGAGUUCAGACCUUAGUAGGUGUCAGGAAAGUGAUACUGGAGGAAGGUUUUUUGUAAGUCAUCAAGGUGGGAAGACAUUGAGUCAGAAAUCUAAGCUCAUUAGUCAUCAGCCAAUUCACAGUACAAAGGAAUCUGAGGAAUAUAAUGAAGGUGAAGCGACUUCAUCCCAUCACUCAUCUCUUCCAUACCAUACUAGAGUUCACCCUGGAAGGAAAAGAUACGCAUGUGAUCAGUGUGGAAAGGCAUUUGCUUGGAAAUCAAGUCUUGGUGGACCUCAGAAGAUUCCUCCUGGGGAGGAGUUUUAUAAAUGUACUGAAUGUGGGAAGGCUUUCUGCUAUAGAUCUCUCCUUACUGACCUUCAGAGAAUCCACACUGAAGAGAAACCUUAUGAAUGUGAUGAAUGUGGAAAAACUUUCACAACAAAACACCUACUUGCUUUACAUCAAAGAAUCCACACUGGAGAGAAGCCUUUUGAAUGUAUUCACUGUGGAAAGGCUUUCAGAUAUAGGUCCACUUUUGUUGAACAUCAGAGAAUCCACACUGGAGAGAAGCCUUUUAAAUGUAACCAAUGCGGGAAGACUUUUAGACAGAGGUCGAAUUUUACUACACAUCAGAGAAUCCACACUGGAGAGAAGCCUUUUGAUUGUAAUCAAUGUGGAAAGACUUUCACUCAGAAAUCCACUCUUAUUAAACAUCAGAGAAUCCACACAGGACAGAAGCCUUUUGAUUUUAAUCAACGUAGAAAGGUUGUUGCACAGAGAUCCAAUUUUGCUAAACAUCAGAGAAUAUACAUUGGAGAAAAGCCUUUUAAAUGUAACCAAUGUGGAAAGGCUUUCAGAUGGAGGUGCAUUCUUACUCAACAUCAGAGAAUCCACACUGGAGAGAAGCCUUUUCAUUGUAAUCAAUGUGGAAAGAAUUUCACACACAGAUCCAAUCUUGCUAAACAUCAGAGAAUCCAUACUAGGGAAAACUCUUUUGAUUUUAAUCAGCAUAGAAAGAUUUUUGCAUGGAGGUCCAAUCUUGCUAAACAUCAGAGAAUAUACAUUGGAGAGAAGCCUUUUGAAUGUAUUCAAUGUGGAAAGGCUUUCAGAUGGAGGUGCAUUCUUGCUCAACAUCAGAGAAUCCACACUGGAGAGAGGCCUUUUCAUUGUAAUCAAUGUGGAAAGACUUUCACACAGAGAUCUAGUCUUACUAAGCAUCAGAGAAUCCACACUGGAGAGAAUCCUUUUGAUUUUAAUCAACAUCGAAAAGUUUUUUCACAGAGGUCCAAUCUCGCUAAACAUCAGAGAAUAUACAUUGGAGAGAAGCCUUUUGAAUGUAUUCAAUGUGGAAAGGCUUUCAGAUGGAGGUCCAGGCUUGCUAAACAUCAGAGAACACACUCUGGAGAAAAGCCUUUUGAAUGUAUUCAAUGUGGAAAGGCUUUCACACUAAGGUUCAAUCUUACUAAACAUCAGAGAAUCCACAGUGGAGAAAAACCUUUUGAUUGUAAUCAAUGUGGAAAGGCUUUCAGGUGGAGGUGCACUCUUGCUCAGCAUCAAAGAAUCCACACUGGAGAGAAACCUUUUGAUUGUAAUCAGUGUGGAAAGGUUUUCAGAUACAGUUCCAGCCUUGCUAAACACCAGAAAAUCCACAGUGGGGAGAAACCUUUUGAUUGUAAUCUAUGUGGAAAGACUUUCAUAGACAGUUCUCAUCUUGAUAGACAUCAGAGAAUCCACACUGGAGAGAAACCUUUUACUUGUGACCAAUGUGGAAAGGUUUUUGCAGAGAAGUCCAAUCUUGCUAAACAUCAGAGAGUCCACACUGGAGAGAAGCCUUUUGAUUGUAAUCACUGUGGAAAGGUUUUUGCAGAGAGGUCCAAUCUUGCUCAACACCAGAGAGUUCACACUGGAGAGAAACCUUUUGAAUGUAUUCAAUGUGGAAAAGCUUUCAGAUACAGGUCCAAUCUUGCUAAACAUCAGACGAUGCACACUGAAGAGAAACCUUUUGAUUUCAGUCAAUGUGGAAAGGCUUUCUCAUGGAGGUGCAGUCUUGGUAAACGUCAGAGAAGCCAUACUGGGAAGAAGCCUUUUUAAUUUAAUCAAUGUGGAAAGCCUUUCACACAGAGCUCCAGUCAUGUCAGAUAGCAGAGUCCACAUUGGAAGGAAAUGUUUUGAAUGUUAUCAAUGUAGAAAGACUUUCAUUAACAGUUCUCCUCUUAAUAGACAUUAGAAAUUUGGAGGAAAAGCUUUUGAACAUAAUCAAUGUUGGAAGGUUUUUGAUCAGAGAUCCAAUCUUGCUAAACAUCAGGGAAUAUACACUGGCGAGAGUGCACCUGCCUUCCUCUCUGCUCCCAUUUAUGAUCUCAUCACCUGCAAUGUCAUGGCCAUGGGAAUGAUUUUUAUUCUGCCUUGGCCUUCUCCUAGUCUAUCACCUUCCAAUCUAGGGCUUAAAUUCUAUCUGGGUCUAAAUGCAAAAGAUUGGUUCCCCAAAGAGUUUCUCCUCCCUCAGUUGUCCCUCCGCUGUCUCUCCCCUUCUGAGGGGCCUCAGACUCUUCUCCUUCUGAGUAGGAAGACUGUCACAAUGAAACAGGAGACCAACCCAAAGGACUGGACCCUAGUUUUGAGAUCUUGGCAGGAUGAUUCUUGAAAAAAAACUAAGGUUUUGUAUGAUGUCUCAUUUGUAACUAGAAAUUCAUUUGAAAAUUUACCAGAAUUUAUAGUGAUACUGAAAUGUUGUUACUUUUUUCGUACUAGGUCUUCUUAUACUUCUUUUACUGUUUUCUUUAUACAUAAAAAUGUUAAGACAUUUGGAGUCUAGACUUUUAGUAUUCAUAUUCAUUCAUAUCUGUGGUUCCUUUCAGUGUGAUAUAAUUUCCUUGCUUGCUUCUUUUUAUGUUUUAAUGAUUGUUUUUGCUUAAUUGCAAAUUCUGAUUUUUUUUAGAUUUAUCUAAUUAAUAGAACAUAUUUUAUCAGACCAUUUAUCUUUAUUCUGUGUUUUAAAAAUAUUUUAAAUAUUUCACUUAUACAACAGACAAUGGUUUUGUUUUCUAAAUGAUCACACUUUUUCUUUUUUAUUUUACUUUUCCUUAAAAUUAAGUGUUAGGUUCAUAUCUCUAUCCCAUCCCCACAUAUUAAACUUUUCUCUAGAUAUAGAAGUUUGCUUAUUUAUCCCUUUUACCUUAUUUCCUCUUACCUAAUCAUUUAAUUCAUCUUCUUUUUCUUCUCCUAAGUUAAUUGUUA